UUAGCUCAGUGGUCCUUCGAGUCCUGGCUAAACCUCUUUAUAUCUCUCUUAUCACUGUCGUCCCCCCUCCCCUCCCCAUUCAUGCUCAUAUAUAUCUUACUCCCAUCUUACAUUUUUCUAAGACAAACUACCACUGCUACUACUCCUACUUCCUCUGCUUCUUCUUCUGCUCUUUCUUCCUCGGCCCCUUCUCUUCUAUCUCAGAACUUGCUUCUCUAGGUUUUUCUCCUCCUCCGGUACCGGUACUACUCUACUACGUACUAUAUAAUCUACUCUAGGUUGCUCAUAAGCUUUGGCAAACGCUAGGUUGAUAUAUAAACUAAGUAGCUAUAUCUAGCUGCUGAGCUGAUACAUAUAGAAGGAAUCAGUUUGUCUGGGAAACACAGUCCGAUCGAUCAUGUCUAGCAGAAGGUCAUCAAGGCAGUCAUCGGGAAGUACUCCAUCAAUCAAAGAUGACCAGAUCAUCGAGCUCGUCUCCAAGUUGCGCCAGCUGGUUCCUGAGAUUCGCGACAGGCGCUCCGAUAAGGUAUCAGCAUCCAAGGUCCUACAAGAGACCUGCAGCUACAUCAGAAACUUACACAGAGAAGUUGACGACUUGAGCGAGAGGCUGUCCCAACUGCUCGCUACAAUUGACGCUGAUAGCGCUGAGGCCGCCAUUAUUAGGAGCUUGAUUAUGCAGUAGAUCGACGUGUACUCUAUAACUCUAUAAAUAUCGUUAUUUUAGUUGAUUUAUAAAUAUCUAUAUAGUUGCACUACAUCUUUAUAUUACUUAAUUUCUAGGUUUCGAUCACCAUGAUCAUCAAGCACGGUUAAUUGAGCACUACUACGUACUCAUGUACGUACCCAAUCUUAGACAAAGAGCUCAUGUAAUGGAUCAAGUUUGUUUGAUUAAUAAAAAGGACUUGCACUAGCUAGCAAAUCCUAGCUAUUAUAUAGAGAAGACC